AGUUAAUCUUCGAAAAGUCGUUCACCAGCCUUUUGCAGAGCAUGAUACCAACACAGCUUCCUUAUAUCAAAGACCUGAGCAAAUUAAUUCUACAAAUAAUGAUUUGAUCCCGAAAAUUAAUACUAAUACGUUAAAAUUUUCACAAUACAGGAAAAAUAUCAUUAUAACUGUUGAUAAUAUACGGAAUGUUACUCAAGAUGAUGAGAAUUAUUCUGAUGACCAUGAAAAUAGUAAUAAUGUUAGUGAUGAUGAUCAAGAAACUUACUUUCGUGAAUCGGAUGGAU